AUUUAAUUUUAAAAAAUGGAUGUAAGUAAAAUACUAAAGACUGUAAAUAAUCUUAAUGAUUAUAUAGUAGCUACCCAAGAAGUUACUAAUAAACCUAGUAACUCAAAAAUACAAUUCAAUAUGUCUACUGUUCUUUCGCUUAAAAAAAUUCGAUCAUUAGAAAUUGAAUAUUACAAUAAAUGCGAUGAAAGUGGCGCAGGAGUGAGAAUACUUGAGCUAAUGUUACAAUUACCACCCUCAAAAACAUGGAGUCUUCUUGGAAAAGAAAUAAUUUUAUUGUUACAAUAUUGGCUAGAAGCUGUAAGGAAACAUCUUAUACAUCAUAAUGAUCAUUGGUGGAAUUUUCUCAGUGUUUUAUUGAAAUUCAUUCUGAAAAUUCAUUCAAAACAUGCCACAUUAUCAAAUAUAUUAGUCCAGGAUUUAACUGAAUGUCUUCUGGAUUUGGCUACAAGUAACCAACCCAGUAUUCAUCAAAGGCAAAAAAUACUGCGGUGCUUUAAUACUGUAUGUGCUGAAUCAGGUCGUGAGAUAAGAUUUGCUUUGAGAAAUAAAUUUGCACAUUAUUUUGUGAAGCUAUCUACAAUACUCUCAUCAUGCGGCGACAUCAGAGUCCAGUUUUCUAUAUUGGAGACUCUUUUGCGCUGGCUCAUUCCUCGCCAGGACCUGGAAUUAAGGAAAGAAGCAGCGCUUCAAUGGUUCCCCAAUGAAAUGUAUGAUGAAACAUCCAGGUGUAUAUUCUUAGAGAGACCCUGGCAGAACUUUUUUAAGGACGCCAGAGAGUUUUUAAAUUGUCAUAAUGGAAGAAAUGAUCUUGUUACAACUGUGAUAUGCAGGAAAUUUAUGAUCGGAAGUCUCUUGUUGAUUAACGAGCCAAUCAAAGAUUAUUAUUUGGAUUUGAAUUCUAGCACCAAAUGCAUGUGUCUGAUAGUUGAACCAAGCCUGUCGGAUAUUUUGGGUAAAUCUGAGUCCGAUGCUGUAGUCAUUACCAGGGAAAACACCGACAUCAUGAGAAUGUAUAGAGAGUCCAAUGAAGUGUUCAUAUCUGUGACCGUGCUGGACCCACAACUGCUGUAUCCAUCAAGAACCGUAAAGAGCAACCAGCUCCAGAUGACAGUCAGUUCCAGAAGUAUUAAGAAGCUGGAUGAGGCUCUGAGGAAGAUCUUCGAUGAAAAGUAUGAGCUUCUUAUAGACUUAGAAAAAUCGCUGCCGAAUUCUCCGAACAAAGAGAAGCAACAGAAUGUGGAACAAAUGAGGUUGUCAUAUCCGGUCAAUAUUAAUAAAUUAACACAUUCAGGUUACAUAGCGAGGACCAAACACCCUGAGUCAUGGAAGUCACCAUCAUCAGCUUCAACCUCCUCUCUUGCUAUGCUGCGAGAUAAAUUAACAGCAUUUCCCAGUUACAAGUACGACAAAGAACCUGUAAGUGUAUGUGCAUUGCCUCAACUGAGCAGCGUCACUGAGAUAACCGAAGAAGAUAGGUGUAGCUUGAACACACUCAGUACAUACAAACUCCGUACUUAUGGUGUGAGAAAUAAGAGAUGCACCAAAGAAAUUAUAUCCGAGGAAGAUAAUGAUAGCAAAUGUAUGACUCCGACUAGGCGCGAUGAUAGUUCUGUCAGUUGUCUUCUCGUUGCGACUAUAGGUUCCAACGAAUCGGUAAUUAACGAUACGCUGGAACGUCUGCCGAAAGACAAGGAGAUACAUACAGAUAAUAUAGUUGAAUUACUAGCCAGGGAAGCAGUGGAAAGUAAUAAAAUCGACAGUGGCGUAGUCAGUUAUGAGAAGAAUGAUGAUUUUAACACAAAUAUCAUAGAGGGUAGUCAGCAAAAUGCUUCAAACGUUAAUAUUAAUGUUAUUACUAAAGGCACUUCAAAUAGUGUUGUAAAAGAAAGUCGAUUUACGGCUGAAGAUAUAAUGCCAUUGGAAGAUAAGCUUGAUGAUGAGCUGGGGAGGGACAAACAGACGUACGACGUGGAUACAGUCGAAGAUUUCUUCUCGCAGCAUUGUGUGGAAAACAGAAAUGGCGAUUUAUUGAUUAGCCCAAGUCUAGCUAAAAAAAUCAAUGAAACCAGCUCGGAGAGUAGCUUGGACUUUGAUAUCGCCGCUAACAUGAUAGAUGGGUCACAACAUUACAUAUUCAAUUUCGAUGACACAGAAGUUGUCGAGUGUUUGAAUGAUAUAGUUGAUAAGGUUUGUGAAGAUCUAGACAAAUGUAGCGAAUAUUUGAGGAGUGAAAUCGAGAAUUUUAAUGUAAGCGAUGAAAUAAAAGAGGCUGGAAGCGAACCUUUGAAGGAAAUUCAAGAUAAUGUAAAAACAUACAACAGACAGAAAGUUAGGCGUCUGAAAUUACAAUACAAUAAGACGGCAAACAGGAAGAAGCAAAGUAAAUUAAUUACUGAACCGGUCAAAAGAAUGACUACUAUCGUUGAAAGGGAAAGUGAAGUAGAAAAAAGUGUCAUAAAUAAAAGCCCCGAGUCUAAUAAAGAUCUAAGUGAUGCAGAGAAGCCCUUGAUUACCAGGAAACGGAAACUGUAUUCGCCAAAAGACGAUAAUAAACUGAACGAAAAAAGCGGCAUUCAUGUAUCAGAAACCGAAGACGAUCAUUCCAUUUUAACUGCUCCUCUAAAAGUCGAUUCAACCCCAAAAACUGUGCCCACUUCGUAUAAAGAUAUAGAGAAAAUCCGCCGGUCCUCCGCAAGGAAGCUGCGCAACGGAAGAGGCAAGACGAAUCUCUCACCAAAAACACAAAAGAUGAAUGAAAUAUUUGAUAAUUUAAAAAGGAAUAACGAUGGUGGAGAGAAAAUAAAAUUAGCCGAUAAAAAAGUAAGCCGAAGAAAACUUGCAGUUUACAACUUCUCUAGUGACAGCGAAGACGACGAUUUUAGGAGAAAAAUCAAUAUAAAGAAGAAAAGUGGCUCGCCCACUGUGAGGAGCGAGAUAGUAACCAGAGCUACCAGAUGUCGAAGAUCGAAGGGGAACAAUAAAAAUAAUACGCAAAACAAAAUUGAAUCAACACCGCAAACCAAAAAACAAAAAGCAAAACAGAAACCUGGCAAAGAGAAAAAAACGCCACAAAUAAAAAAACAAAUUCCUGAACUUAGAAACGAGAUGAUUGAUGAACGAAUGAGGGAAGCAACUGACGUGUUAAAUACAUCGCUAACAGCAGAUGAGAGAAGACAUUCAGUAUACGAAGAAGUUGAACCGAAUAUCAACAAAAAACCGGAAAUGGAAGUAAUGGAAGAUACAUAUAAAAAUAAUAGAGCAACCCGGAGAAAGAAAAAUUUAUCAUUGAAAAAGGUCAAAGGAGAUAAGACUUGUGACAAAGAUCAGUUAGCCACUUGUGAUAAGGAUAGAUUAGCGACAACCUGUCAUAUAGACCAAUCAGUGAGAUCCAGCCCUCUGCCUGGACUGAUAAUAGAAACGGUGGACGUUCAAGUACAUAAAGACGCUGAUGACUCCAUCACAGUAACGAUGCUGGAAAAAUAUAAAGACAUCUAUGACAAUGAACCGCUACCAGAUGUAUCAGAGAUAAAUACCACCCACAACCUGCUGUCAGACUUAGAGCACGUCAGCUAUGAUCCGAUUGUAAAUAUGACAGAGGAAUUGGACACCACGAUACAAAAAUCAAAGAAAAGAUGUCCAAGCGAUGAAGAUGAUAAGAAUGCUGCUAAGAGAUCAAAAAGUUCAGAACCUCAAGUUAUAAAUAUAUCGGAACUCUCUGAGGAGAAAACAGAGAAGAGUAUACUGACUUUAGGGAAAUCCCCAAUAACUGGGCACGGCGACUUGGACGAGUCGCCGCUACAUCUGACCCUGCUGAAAGAACAAGUGGAACCCAGGGGGUUGGACACGCAAGACCUGAACCAGUCCAUGAAAAAUUACUUCGACAGACUUACCAAAGAAAUAUAUGAAGAAUCGAACACCUUAAAUUCAAAAUUACGAGAAAGUAUACACGAGAUACUAGAACAAUCCCCAUUAAAGUUAAACAGAAGUUAUGUGCCAUCUCCAACAGUUUCCAUAAAGAGAUUAAGCCCAAAAGAAAUCAGUAGAUGGCUUCCAACUAAAUACAAUUCGGUUUUUGGCUCAAAUCAAAGUUCGGAAAGCGGUUCACCCGUCCGUAUAACGAGAAGUCACACCAGGAGCCAGGAACAGAAAAAAACAAAAAUUGUAACAAGAAAAUCGGUCAUAUCACCGAUCAAGAUGUUCGGUGAAUUGGCCAAAGAAAAAUCGGUUACGUCAGAACAAGACGAUUACUUGGAUCAUAUAAAGAAACUGAUGACCAGAAACAUAUCAAAAACAGUCGCUACCACGACAGAAUCCAGGUGUAAUGCUCGUAUCAUCAGAAAGAAUGUCGAAACACCAACGGCCAGCUCGAUUAACGGGUCGGAGAAAAUGAAGUCCCCGAUCUUUGAAUUAUCUAACAAAGGGUUGGCGAACAGAUACGAAUCCGCCAGCGGGACGGUAUCCAGUGUCAGCGAUUGGCUUACUAGAAACGAACGUCUAAAACAUAAUAGAGCAGAGAGUGUCGACCUUCCGUUCAAAGAUAAUUUGGAACAUGUAUUGGAGAAGUUGGAUACAAGCCUCGCUGAGAUCCACGACCAGACGAGCAGACGAUUCGUCAGUAUGUUUGUGGAUGCUCAGAAACACCUCACAGAGCUCAAGGAGAAACGUCGCCGCUUGUACAAGGAGACAGCGGUCAGUGUCAUAACAGAUCUCGUCGCUGUUAUGGACAACAAGUUCGCUGAUUUGGAACGAAGGUCUCAGGACUUAGAUCAAGAGUUUAUAAGUGGUCUGAAAGAGAAAGCUGGUGAUCUGAUGAGCGAGGACUGUAAGCAGAAGAGACUUAUGGUGAAGAUGAUGAAGGAAGAUGUCCAGGCUGCUCUGGAUCAUAUCAACUGACAGUACAGAUACUGUCAAUUAGGCUUUACCAUUAAUACUAUUAUAUUUGGUUAUAAAAAAAUGUAUAAUAUUUUUAAUUUCAGUUGUCACAUUAUCUGAUAAGUGUUAAUGAUUUGUUAUUUAUUAUUAUAUAAAGUAAUUCAAAAACAA